AUGAUUUACAUCAUCGCCGCAUCGGACGGUCAGCCUAUUACCUCCUGGAAGUAUCAACCCACUGUGUGUCUCGCCAUAUCAUACACGAUCGCGAACAUUGCGCUGCAAUAUGCUCUCGCGCAAGCUGUCACCAUCGCCUGGUGUGUAAAGGCCUUGAAAGGCGACGCGAAAGUCAAGGAUCUGCACAAUAUUUGGUCGUUCGGACAUGGGGUCGUCCCAAUACUGCGAUCGGGGCGGUCUUUCAACCUGGUCGCUCUGGCUGGACUCGCUGUUACACUAGCGCCUAUCAACGGACCUCUUUUGCAACGCGCUUCUGUCAUCCACCAACGAACCCAAGUCGAGAUGAAGAAUCUCACCAUAAAUAUCGCAAAAGAAAUCCCGGAUGGUUUCACGGGAAGAGGCGCGGGGUUUGGUAGAGCGUCCUUACUGACUCCCAUAUUCAGUGAAAUUGUCAAACAACACUCCGAUGGGCAGCCUAUGGUUUUGCCCAACUCUGGCUGUCUAGGUGUAUGCAAGGGCACUUUACUAAGUGCAGGAUAUGACGCGGUCUGUACUCAGAAUACCACUAACCCGUACAACCGCACUGCUAUUGUAGGAACAGGCGGCAAUACAAACGAGACGCACAUCUUCUGGUCGAACUUCACUAGUCUUGACAAUGGGUAUUCUCCCCAAAAUCCUGGAGUCUUCAUGAGCUACACGGCCAUGUUCAAGAGUUCGAAAGCGUGCAUUGGAUCCAUGAAUAGAACCCAUUGCGAGUUACGGCCUGCUCUCAUUGAGUAUCCUGUCAUAAUCAAGAAUGACACCAUUGCCCUUGACCCAAAUGGCUCAUGGGAAUCGGACAGAACUCAAUCUCUCACUCCAUUUUGGCAUGGCUGGGCUAGUGACGCUAGAAAGAGCACUCAUGGUGGCACAUUUCUUUACAUGAAGGCCAAGUGGGAAUCGAACAUGGGUGUAUAUUGGAACUUUGGUCCUUGGAGCUGGAGAUCGAGUACGAGCGGCACGACUAUCUUCAAUUACAUGACCGACUUGGUGGAAUCGACAGCAUCUAUGGAUGACUUCUGCAACAUGACGUUUCCGGAUCCGACAUCUGACGUCCUAAACUCACUCCGCGAGCUUUCCCUUCGAACCGCGCUGUUCAUACCGGGCGUAAAGGGUAAUCUUAGCAAGUUAACCUCUGUGACCUCCGACUAUCUUCGCCCCUGGCCUGAGUCGGAGAGGGAGGGUAUCUACCAGCAGACAAUACUAGUCGAGCAGACUGGCGAAGCAGUCGUGUUCAAGAGUCAAUACCAAUUCCUCGCCAUUGCCAUCGGCAUCACGCUCGUAGCCACGGCCUGUGUUUUCACAGUAUUGGCGGGAUGGUGGCAUCUAGGCCGCGAGGUCUCGCUCUCACCAAUCGAAAUCGCAAAAGCCUUCAAUGCGCCGCUUCUUGCAGAGUCGCAUCCCAACGCCGAGGUCAGAAGGCUGCUCAAGGAAUGCGGCGAGCAACGGUUGAGGUACGGUGUAGUGUGGGAGAAUCCUGACUAUCCCGUGACUUCGGUACCGACGCUGAGAUUGGAGAAGACGGAGCUUUGCGAGAAACCGCACAAGUAUCGAUCCGCUGAUGGGAGCAACAACAACAUCCACCUGCCCAACGUCGGUAAGGCUGGUUCUUACUACGCGCGCAUGGUCACUCCAAGACAUAUACCUACAAAGCUUCCCGAUCCAGAACUGCUCUUCGAUACACUGCUCGCGCGAGAAGCCAAGCCAAAGCCCCACCCCAGCCAACUAUCGAGUCUGUUCUUUGCCUUCGCGGCUGUCAUGGUAUGCGAUGUGUUUCGUACAGGCGACGAAGAUAAUGAUGUGGCUAUGACAUCUUCAUACUUGGACCUAUCGUCACUAUACGGGGAAUCAGAGGAAGCACAGAGCUCUGUCCGCACCUUCGUCGAUGGGAAGUUGAAGCCUGAUGCUUUCGCUGACACAAGGAUCCUCAGCCGGCCCGCAGCGUCCUCUGCCCUGAUUGUAUGCUUUUCGCGGUUUCACAACAUCGUUGUCGAGCAACUGGCCAUCAUCAAUGAGAACGGUCGAUUCAGCCAUCCCUGCAACGCGGCUGGAAUUGACACGGGGUCUUACAAGCGAGCUCUCAGCAAGCGCGACAACGACCUCUUCCAGACUGCACGGCUAGUAACGACCGGAUUAUACAUCAACAUUGUCCUAAAAGACUACGUGCGCACGAUCCUCAACCUACAGUGCGUAGAUUCAUCGGUGACCUUAGAUCCACGAGCAAAGAUAGAGGGUAUCAUCGGGCCGACAGACAUCGACAAGGCCCGCGGCAACCAGACAAGCGCCGAGAUAAACAUGAUCUAUCGGUGGCAUUCGACUAUAUCGAAGAAGGACGAGGACUGGCUCACAGAUCACAUGUCUAUGAUAUGUCCAGAUAUGAAGAUUGGCCAUCUGACUUUGGAAGACAUGCGAGCUGGCAUGCGUCGACAUGCUGCUAUACCGCCUGCGGAUCCUGGUCGGCGUGUCUUCGCUGGUCUCGAAAGGAAGGGCGACGGCUACUUUCGCGAUGAAGAUAUCGUCCAGAUACUCACAGAAGCCACGGAUGAAGUUGCCAUGAGCUUCGGCCCACAUCGGGUCCCUCUGGCGUUGAAGGUCAUCGAAGUAAUGAGUAUUGAGCAAGGUCGGCAAUGGGGCGUAGCUUCUCUCAAUGAGACCAGAAGAUUCUUCGGGAUGACAUCUCACACCUCGUUCAGCGAUAUUCACUCCGACCCUGACGUCGCUGCCGCGCUCGAAGUCUUGUACGAAGAUGUUGAGAACGUCGAGCUAUAUGCCGGAACUAUUCUGGAAGAGCCAACUGCCCCGAUGACUCCGGGAUCAGGAUUGUGUGCAGGAACGACGGCGACCAGAGCAGUGGUGUCACAUGCGCUCUCUCUUAUUCGGGGUGAUCGAUUCUACACCGUGGACUACACCCCGCACCACCUGACAGCUUUUGGGUUCAACGCAGCUUCCAGCGAAUACUCAAUCGAUGGCGGAGGUGUCAUGUACAAGCUACUGAUGAGAGUCUUUCCCGAAUACUAUCGUGGCAACUCGAUUUACGCGCACUACCCGCUGACCACGCCUGUGGAGAUGAGACGACGACAGAAGUCUCUCGGGCACGAGACAGAUUUCUGCUAUGAGAAGCCGCGCUACGGGUCGCCUCCCACAGUCAUCACCGAUUACAAGAUGAUCCUCCGUAUUCUUCGUGACCAGACUUUGUACACGACAGCGUGGACUCACACCCUGCGGCAAUUGGAGUAUCAACCACAUGUUCUGCUUGGUAACACUAUCGCUGCCGUCAAACAGCAGGACAUCAUUCGGCAAGCUAUACUCGGCCCCGAGGAGUCGAUAGAAAUCUUUGCGCACUUCCUCAACCUGAAGACCACCCAGCUCGUGCAGAACAACAGCAAGUGGCUUUUCAAAGUUGCCGAGAUAGAUGCGAUCAAAGACGUGGCAGCUCGCAGUUGGACACAAUUUGCUGCGUGUCUGUUCAACAUCCCGAUCAGCGACUCGCAAGAUUCAACGGCCAGCUUUGAUGACAAGCAGCUCUUCAGCAAGAUGAUAGCAGUAUUUCACUUCGUUCAUCUAGACAACAACCCUGCGAAUUCUGCCGCAUUGCGGAGGGAUGCAAUCACUGCAAGCGAUGAAAUGUCGAAAGAGGUCAGGGUUGUUUGCGAAGGAAUGAAAGCAUCACCCGCUGUGCAAUUUCCGGAUCCCCGUAAGCGACGACAUGCGAAGCGCAAUCUCAUGCCAGACCAUGGAGCGAAAGUGAUGCAACGGCUCUUCGAUAAUGGGGCAAAGGUCAAAGAAGUUGUCUCUCUAGUGGUCAUACUUGCCGUAGAUCUUGUCGUGUUCAGCACCUUUGCUUUCUGCCAAGUCAUCGAUCUCUUCCUCUCGGAACCUUACCAUUCUAUGCACUGGCCAGACAUCCAAAAACUGGCGAAAGACAUUACACCAGCAAACUCCGAGGUACUGCGCGCAUAUGUGCUUGAGGCUCUGCGCCUUAUCACACCCGCAACUGGCUUCCUUCGCAUCCCUAAUACCUUUCUCACCACUAGCGACUGGCGACACGCAGAGGGUAUUAACAAGGGUGAUGACCUUAUCCUCGACGUGGCUACUGCAUCUCGCGAUCCCGCUAUCUUUCCUGACCCCGACAACAUCAACCUCGACCGUCCACACGAGCUGUACCUACCAUUCAUCGACGGGUUGCACGGAGCCCUGACCAGGCCUAUCAUCGUUGCUGGUUUAGUCACCCAGUUGCGUAUCUUUGCUCGAAUGGAAGGUCUCAGAAAGGGGCCGGGUACGCAAGAGACGUUGAGGCGGGAGGUUCAAGAGGGUACUGUAAGCUUUUUGAGCGAGGCUAAGGAUGAGUGGGUGCCACUGCCAGUCAGUAAGUACAGGUUCGCUACAUGA